AUGCCUCCAAAGACAUCAGCGAAAGCUGGUAAAGGUGGAAAAGGUGAUUCAAAAGCCGUAGCAAAGGUACCAAAAAAGAAGGAAGGUGGAGGAGGUGGUAAGGCCAAAAAAAAGAAAUGGUCCAAAGGAAAAGUUCGGGACAAGUUGAACAAUAUGGUUCUCUUUGAUAAAGCAACUUAUGAAAAGUUGUAUAAAGAAGUUAUUACGUAUAAGCUUAUCACACCAUCGGUAGUUUCAGAAAGACUAAAGGUUCGCGCAUCUUUAGCAAAGCAAGGACUCCGAGAGCUUCUUGCGAAAGGAAUGAUCAAGUGUGUAGUACAUCAUGGCGGCCAACUUGUCUACACAAGAUGCACGAAAGCAGAUGAUACUAUUGUUGAAUAA